ACUCCUCCCAAAGCUCCAUUCAUUGGCCCCGCAGCACCGGGUCGGCUGGGCUCGCUUCCGCUCAGCUACAGAGCUGCUGCCUCGUGGGCCCACCAGGGUAGGAUUCCCGGGGGCUUUGUCUGACUGGGCUGGGCCAGGGCGGAAUGGGGGUUCUGGUGGUGCUCUUGGGGGUGCUGAACUUCCUGGGGGCAGCUCUGGGGGACUCCCCUGCCCUCCACUUGCACAGCACCUCCUGCCACUUGGCCAGACCCAUCUCUGGCAGCCCUUUGGGGUUCCUUAGCUUCUUGGGCAAGGAUGCCCAGGGACUAGCCCUGUUCCAUGCCCGCUGGGAUGGGCACGGGAGGCUGCAGGUGUGCAGCCGGCAGGAUGAGCCAGAGCUCACUACAGCCUUCAGUACCCUCUGUGCUGGUGAGAUCACCCGGGACUCCUUCAUCCACACCCCUGGACCUGAGCUGCAGAGAGCCCUGGCCACCCUUAAGCGUCAGCGGGAGGCCUGCAGAGGGCCUGCUGAGAGUCCAGCAGAGACCAGGGAGAAGAGAGCAGCAGGGCAGAGUGGAGCGCCUGGCAUGGGGAACCAGCGAGUGAAGAGAGGCUGGACCAUGCCUGGCACACUGUGGUGUGGAGUUGGGGAUUCUGCCGGGAACACCUCGGAGCUGGGGGUCUUCCAGGGCCCCGAUCUCUGCUGCCAGGAACACGACCGCUGCCCACAGACUGUCUCACCCUUCCAGUACAACUAUGGCAUCCGAAACUACCGACUCCACACCAUCUCCCACUGCAACUGUGAUGCCAGGUUCCAGCAGUGCCUGCAUAACCAGCGGGACUCCAUCUCUGACAUCGUGGGCGUGGCCUUCUUCAACGUGCUGGCGAUCCCCUGUUUCGUCCUGGAGGACCAGGAGGCCUGUGUGGAGUGGUACUGGUGGGGCGGGUGUAGAACAUAUGGCUCUGUAUCCCUCGCCCGUCUCCAGCCCAGGACCUUCUACAAUGCCUCCUGGAGCUCCCUUGCCAUUCCCCUGACUCCCAGUCCUCAGAACCCAGCACCCAGCAAGCCUCGGUGGAUUCAGCACCCUCAGAAGUGGCCAGCACAGCAGAAAGAGUCCGAGUACCCCAGCCAAGCCAAUGCCACAGCCCUCCAGGCCCCUGUGGCCUCCCCUGGGCCUGAUGUGGCCUCCAUAGUCCAGCUGGAGGUCACUGAUUCAGGCCUCCAGGGACUAUGGCGUGGCCUAAAACCUCAAGGUGCCCGCCAGGCCUGCCGCGGCUUCCGCCGCCUGGACCAGUGUGAGCAUCAGAUCGGGCCCCAGAAGACCAAGUUCCAGCUGUUCAACGAUGCCCGUGAACCCCUCUUCCACUGCAACUGCACGCGCCGUCUGGCACGCUUCCUGAGGCUCCACAGCCCACCUGUGGGCGCCAACAUACUUUGGGAGCUGCUGGGCAUGACCUGCUUCAAACUGGCCCCUCCACUGGACUGUGCUGAGGGCAAAGGCUGUUCCAAAGACCCCAGGGCCAUCAAGGUGUCAGCUCGGCACCUGCGGCAACUUCAGCAGAGGCAACUCCAGCUCCAGGGGACAGGCACAGACAACAGGCAGGCAUGGACUUCAGAGCACCCAAAGGCCCCGAUGUCAUUCUAUGACCGGUGUCUGCAGCUGACCCAGGGAGCCGGAGGACCUGAAGGACAGCAGAAAUCCUGGAACCAGUGACCUCAGUUCCAGCUCUCCUGGGCACAAGACUGGACCUCGUUCCUGGCUUUGCUAGGCCCUGGGGGUCUCAGCUUCCCCUCCACGUGUUAGACUGAAGCAUGGACGGGCUCUUGUGGAUAGCCAGAGGGCUGCAUGGGUAUGGUGGGGGGGCCAAGACCCAAAUGCUGGACCACGUCUCCUGCUGUGCUGGGUGAUCUUGGGCUGGUGACACAACCCCUCUGUGCUUGGAUGUGGUAUUCAGGAGGCUCAUUCUGCUGCCCCAGGCUUGGGCCUUCCCAGAGAAAUUAACAUCCAGAUGGGAAUGGGGAGAAGGUAACAUUGCAGCAGCCCCAGGAGGUACCAGGAGGAGGUACAUAUAUGUCUAUGUUGCAAAAUUAAUGCAUGUCUCAAGAACUUGCCCAGGGAAGCCCCAGCGUCUGCCUGCUGAGGUCUAGGGCAGCAGGUGGGGAAUGAGGGAUGUCACAGAAGUGCCUGUGUCUGAAUCCAGGGUGGCGGAAGCUAGAAAGGGGCUUCCCAACUCACCUCCCCAGGGGACCCCUUCGCUUAACAGCUCCUAUGCUCUUCCUGGCCCAGCCCUGGCCCAUUCUUUCUGCCCUAGACCUAAAUUCAGAUCUCCCCCGUGCCCUUAAGCAAAAGACCGCCUUCAUUCUGAGCCUUAGUUUCCUCGUCUGAAAAAGGGGAGUGUAAACAGGACCUACCUCACAGGGUUGUUGAGAAUUAAGCGAACCAACUCACGGACAGCACUCAGCACCUAGUAAAUGUUCCCUCCCUCCAGCACACAGCCAAACUGUGCUUAGGCGUCUGAUUUUUUUUUUUUUUUUUUUUUUUGCGGUACGCGGGCCUCUCACUGUUGUGGCCUCUCCCGUUGUGGCGCACAGGCUCCGGACGCGCAGGCUCAGCGGCCAUGGCUCACGGGCCCAGCCGCUCCGCGGCAUGUGGGAUCUUCCCGGACCGGGGCACGAACCCAUAUCCUCUGCAUCGGCAGGCGGACUCUCAACCACUGAGCCACCAGGGAAGCCCUAGGCAUCUGAUUUUUAAAGGUUCACAUAACCUCUUGGAGGUCUCAGUUUGCUCACCUGUGAAAUGGAGCUAAGAACUACACUGAACUCAACACCACAACUUGUGGUGCAGCUUAAAGGACAUGGCAUGUGUAAUGUAUACAGCUGGUGCCUGGUAACUGUCAGAUCUGUCAUCCUCUCAUCUCUUUAGUCCCUUCCUCUGACUGCCCCCAACCCUAGACUGCUAACAAGUUAGGAAGAAGUCAGGAGUGAGGCUGGAGAAUUUAAUUCCUAAUUGAUGACCUCUAGGUUUGCUCCCCCAUCCCAGAUGGGGGCUGGGAUAGGGGUUUGCUGAUUGUCACAGUUGAGGUGCCAGGACCAAGUUUGGGGGACCCCAGUUGGCCACCCCUGGCCAGAACAGAGUGGCAGGUGCACAUAAAGCUGGAGCAGCAGCAGGAGGGAGGCAGGUGGGUUUGCAGAAGAUUGGGGCAGAGCCCCAGGGGGCCACCUGGGCCUGCCUGCCCACCUCACCCUCAGGGCCCCAGGCCCCCUUCCUCCAGGCCCUGCUGACCCUGGGGGCUGGGAGACAGGCUGUCGGGGGCCGGGGCCUCCCGAUUGGGUCCCCAGGAGCUGCCACCACCGGGGUCUACGGUCUCUAGGCGCAAGGCAGGCAGCAACCCCAGGCUUUGAGGCACAGAUGGUGGGAAGGCCCAGGACCCAGGCAGCCCAGGGGGCCCCUCCUCACUGUUGCCCCGGCUGCCACCAUCACUGCCCCCGUUGGGGGCUACCUGAGGCAGGCGGCGGCUCUGGGGCGAGGGGCUUCGGCUGGUGCCACGGCGUUCACAGGACGAGGGCUGCAGGGCGAGGCUGGGGAAGCGGGCCAGACCUGGGCUUCGGCUACGGUGCCGCUUGGACUUGCCAGGGCUUGGGCUGCGGGACUUGGAUGCAAGCAGCUCCAGGGUGCUGUCAUCCUCGUCCUCCGAGCUGGCACCCGAGCUGUCUGUGCUGCUGCUGGCCAGCUCCGAGGUAGGCAGUGAGAUCUGGGGGGAAGGCUGGUCACUGGGGUGCCCCUCUCCCCAACCGGCCACUGAGGCCUCUGGGAACCACUCCUGCCCUCCCCCUUGGCAGACCCAGGAAGGUCAGGAUACUUGUAGGAGGUCACAGAACAGAAUGUAGAAGCUGUAGAGGACUUUGAGUACUCCUUUGGCGCCCCUGACCCUGCAGCCUGGCCUACUUACCUGGAAGGGCUCAGUGACCCCGAUAAGGAUGCUGUGGGUGUGGCUAUAAUAGCCCAGGAUGAAGUCUCCGUGACCCUUGGGCAGUGACUCCUCACUGAAUGUCACCUGGUGGGCCAGGGGGUUUAGGCCCAGGUUGGGAUGAGGGAGGCAGCCUCAGGACCCUUCAAGCUGAAUCCUGAGCCCCCAAGGGCAAUGGGGACUUCCUCCCACUCUCCCCCUCCCCUUAAGUACCUGGUAGAUGUUCCCAUCCACAUCCUCGUGUUUGGCCCAGACAUAAGCCACGUAGUCCUUGCAGUGGCGGAAACCCACCUGGGGCGAGAGCAAUCAGGGUCGUGACCCCUAAGGUCUGACCCCAGCAGCCUGAAACUCUGGGGAAGCCAGGGACCCCACAUGGGUCCCUGGCUGCCCCUUCAGGCCCUUCCUUCCCCGAUGUACCGACCACCCCUGCCCGUCUCACCCGGUACAAGCCGAUCCAGUCCCAGGAGCUGCGGGCGAACACCGUCUCUAUGCGGUACCUCACCACAGCCUGCUCCGGCCGCACCCACUCGUCUGCCACAUCCAGCCGCACAAGCGGCACUUCGUCUCUGAAGGCAAACUGCCCAGGGGCAGGGGGCAACAUCAGGGGAGACCCUCUAGUAUUCUAUGCACCUAGAGUCCUUGGGCCUGCGUCAGCACAAAUUGGCUGAGAUGAAGGGCCUUUGAAGCCAAUGCACAGGCUGGGAAACUGAGGAAGAACAGGUCUAGGAUGAAUGCCAGGUUUCCUGCCUCCCAGCUCAGGGCUCUUUUUGUCCUUAGCCUCCUUAGGGAGUGAGUGAGAACACAGCUUUGAAGCUUAGUAGACUGUGGGUUUGGCCCUGGCUCUGCCAUUGUUAUGCAGUGUGACCCAAGGUGAGUUUCUUGACCUCUCUGAAUAGAAGGGCUCCUGUCCUUAAACUCUGAUGAUCUUAUUUAACUCUUGGGGUUGCUCUGCAGAUUCAAUGAGAUACCAUAUAAAGCAUCCUAUAAACUUCUCAGUAUACAGUAGGUGCUCAAUGAAUGACUUGCCUAUAAGCUAACAAAGGAGUCCCAUGAUGCACUGGAUAUUCUGGAGUAAAGUGAACACCCAUGAGCAGGCAAGAAGAGCUCUGGGUAGAUGGCUGGAGACCGUCCAGGCUCUGCUACUAACCUGCUUCAUGACCUCAGAUAAGCCCCUCAUCAGGCUAAGUAAGACUCAGUUUCCCCACCUGUAUUAAGGAACCACUAUUAACCUUGUCUAUCAUCAGUCCAUGGAGACAAAAGAAUCUUCUCUUCUCAGGGUCACCCCAGGCUGAGCAGGGGUUCACCAUGUGGAUGGGGUUGCUGGGGUGGCAGGUGGCCAGGGUACUGGCUUCACCUCUGUCCCUCAGGGAAAGACUCGGUGGUGCCAGCCUCAGGCUUUGUCUGCUCCCCUGUUUAUCUGGUUUCAACUUUCUCUCCCUCCUCAGCUUCUAAGCCAAGCUGCUCCAGAAGAAACCAGCACAUCCUCUCCCUGCCUGUGGGUUCCUAACAACAGGUCUGGCCAGGUUGCGCUCUUGGAAAUACCCUUUAGGGCCUUGUGGGGUCAAAACUCCUUCUGAGUCCUGUGCUGUGUUGCUUUGGAUAAGAGAUUUAAGUUCUCUGAGCCUCUGUUUCUCUCAUCAGUAAAACUGGGAGGAGAAUUUAGACAUCCUCAGGGCCUACCACAGUAUUCAAAGGGAUGACAUACAUGAAGUAGGCUACGCAGGCUCUGGCAUAUAGUAGGUGCUCAACAGGUAAUGUUUUACAAGAGACAGGGUUCUAGAUAAGGAGGGAAGGAUAGGGCACCCAAAAGGAGUGGUUCUCAAGGUGAGGUCCCUGAUUGGGGGUUAAACCUCACACUCAAGGCUUUUACCAAAUGUCAUGGGAGGCCAGACACGGGCAGAUUUCCAUUCCCAGCUGAGGACAUUGGCCACUGUCCCUCUGACUGACCAUAUGACAAAGUUAGCAGGGAAAACAUUCUCUGGUCUGCUGGGCUCCCUCUUAUCAGAUCAAGAGAAUCGGAGAGCCCAGAGUUGAGUUUCAGGACUGGAAAUUGGGCUCCACCCCACUCUGCUGCUGAGCCUGUGUGCAACUUGGGGCGCAUGCCUACUCCACUAACAGAAAGUUGGACUACAUGGUCUCUAAGAUCCAGUUCUGACAUUCUCGGAUUUCCCCUUUUUCCUUUGGCAGCUAGGAGCCCCAAUCCUAAACACAGGGGCUUCCCUGGUGGUGCAGUGGUUAAGAAUCCACUUGCCAAUGCAGGGGACACGGGUUCGAGCCCUGGUGUGGGAAGAUCCCACAUGCCAUGGAGCAACCAAGUCCAUGCGCCACAACUACUGAAGUCUGCAUGCCUAGAGCCUGAGCUCCGCAACAAGAGAAGCCACUGCAAUAAGAAAUCCGCACACCACAAUGAAGAGUAGCCCCCGCUCGCCGCAACUAGAGAAAGCCUGCGCGCAGCAAGAAGACCCAACGCAACCAAAAAUAAAUAUAUAAAUCAAUAAAAAUUUAUAAUUAAAAAAAUCCUAAACACAAUGCUAAAUUUUAUAGUAACUAUAUAGGGUUUAGCUUUGUAUUUUUUUGUAUCUCUACUCCCCCUCCCCAUCACAUAUGGUAAGAUGGUAAAAAAAUAAUAAAUGAAUGUGAAUGAAUGCUA